AUGCCCGAAAUAAAAGUUGUGCCUCUUGGAGCUGGACAAGAUGUUGGUCGUAGUUGUAUCUUAGUGUCGCUCGGUGGAAAGAAUAUCAUGUUGGAUUGUGGAAUGCAUAUGGGUUAUCAGGAUGAAAGGAAAUUCCCGGAUUUUUCAUUUAUUAGUGGUGGUGGACCUUUAACAGAUUAUUUGGAUUGCGUAAUCAUAUCACAUUUUCACUUAGAUCAUUGUGGAUCUUUGCCGCAUAUGAGUGAAGUUGUUGGUUAUGAUGGGCCCAUUUAUAUGACAUAUCCAACAAAGGCAAUUGUGCCUGUCUUAUUGGAAGAUUACCGCAAAAUUGAAACUGAAGUAAAAGGUAAUUCAAAAUUCUUCACAUCUCAAAUGAUUAAAAAUUGCAUGCAAAAGGUAACAGCUGUUAAUUUGCAUGAAAAAAUUGAUGUUGAUAGUAAAUUGUCUAUUAGAGCUUUCUAUGCGGGUCAUGUACUUGGUGCUGCGAUGUUCCAUAUUACUGUUGGCUCCGAAAGUUUACUUUAUACUGGCGAUUUUAAUUCAACUCCUGAUCGACAUUUGGGUGCAGCUCGUGUGGAACCUGGAUUAAAGCCUGAUUUACUAAUAUCUGAAAGUACUUAUGCAACAACUAUCAGAGAUUCCAAGCGUGCUCGUGAACGGCAUUUUUUGAAGAAAGUGCACGACUGCAUGGAAAAUGGCGGAAAAGUGAAUUCUUUCAUGAAUUUUAAUUUUGAUUUUUUUUUUAAUUUUAUUUUCGCUUUGGGUCGAGCUCAAGAGCUUUGCAUACUUCUGGAGUCAUACUGGGAACGUAUGAAUCUCACUUAUCCCAUAUUUUUCUCGCAAGGUCUUGCAGAAAAGGCCAAUCAGUAUUAUCGAUUAUUCAUAAAUUGGACAAAUGAGAAGAUAAAGCGAACUUUUGUUGAUCGAAAUAUGUUUGAUUUCAAACAUAUAAGGCCUUAUGAUAAUGCUUCGGGAGAUUUACCUGGCCCAAUGGUACUUUUUAGCACACCAGGUAUGCUACAUAGUGGGCAGUCAUUACGAGUCUUCAAAAGAUGGUGUUCUGAUGAAAAAAAUAUGGUGAUUAUGCCUGGUUUUUGUGUCGCUGGAACAGUUGGUGCGAAGGUAAUUGCUGGCAUGAGGAAAAUUGAUAUCGAUGGAAAAUCGUACGAAAUUAAAUUGGCAGUGGAAUAUAUGUCGUUUAGUGCCCAUGCAGAUGCAAAAGGAAUAAUGCAGCUUAUCCGUGAUUGUCAACCUAAAAAUGUUAUGUUUGUGCAUGGUGAAGAUUUAAAAAUGGAAUUUUUGAAAGAAAAAGUUGAAAAAGAAUUCAAAUUAAAAGUAUUUAAACCAGCAAACGGAGAAACAGCGAUUAUUGAAACUCCUUUGAAUGUAUAUAUAAAAGUGCCAUCUGAAUUGAUAGAAAAAACUAUUUCAUAUAGUCCUUCACCAUGCAAACGCUUUUGUCCUUUUAAUGCCUAUUUUACUAUGGAAAAACGAUCCAAUCAACUUGAGGUAAUAUCAGCUGAAACAGCUGCAAAACAGCUUGGAGUUAACAUACAUACAAUCUCAUUCAGUGAAAUAAUAGAAAUGGAACAUAUUAAUUGGGAAGAAAUAGCAAAUAAAUUACGCAAAUUCGAUCUAAAUUUGCAGCUUAAGGAAGAUGGAAUUGAAUUAUUUUCGGGCGAAAUAGUUGUUUGUUCAGUAGAUGGAAAAGCUCAUCAAGUAGAAUUAAUCUGGGAUGAAAUAAGAGAUGAAUGGUACGAUCUUAUCGUCAAAGCGAUAAAGGAGAAGGACAAUAAAGGGCCAUUUUUUGUAAAAAAAAUUUCAUAG